AUGACCGCCCCUACUGUCACUCCAGCUGGCCUGGCUUCACCCCAAGCCGUUGCAGCAGCCGGCUCACGCUCCCUCCGCACCCACUCCGACCGCCUCUCCCUACCACUUGGCCUUCGCCUACCCCUCGCAUCGACAAUCGGCUCCUUCACCGGCUUCCUCCUCGGCAUCGCGAAGGGCAGCAGUGACAGUGGCUUGCGCUUCCAGGCUGAGAAUGCCCACCGUCUUCCCUCCACCCAGACAGGCUGGUACCUCUACCACAAGUCCAAGAACUACAACAUGAUGCUCGGCGGGAUCGUUGAGGGGUUCAAGCAGGCUGGAAAGUACGCUGUAUGGGUAGGGUGUUACUUUGUGCUUGAGGAGGGAGUGGACCGAGGACGAGCGGCAGGUGUGAGGAUGUGGAGGAGGGUGUUCAGAGAGGGAGAAUUUAAGAGUGGGAUGAGGAUGGCUACUGCAGGCGACGUGGUGAACGAUGAUCUGCUGGAAGGGAGUUAUGGCAAAGAAGAGGCGAGAGUUGCCGGGAAUAGGGACUGUUUGAGUAGUAUGUUGGCUGGGCUGGGCACUGCGGGGAUCUUUUCCGCCUGGAAUAGGUUUCCUUUGCCUACGGCCGCCAGGACAGCGAAGAUGGGCGCCAAAGCUGGAUUGGCGUUUGGAGUGUUACAAGACAUGGUCAGCUUGAUGAGAGGAAGGAGAGUGGGGUACGUGGAGUUUGUGAAGAGACACACUGUCGGAGAAAGCCAAGAGAAAGAGGAUGAGAAGAUGGCUGUCUGA